AUGAGGUGCCUGUGGRUGAUCCCCUUUCUGCUGCUGCAAGACACCAAAGCCUUCCUGAUGCAAAACGCCAGAGCCAAGCAGUGCUUGCAAGCCAGCCCCACGGACGGGACAUUGCUGCUGGAGGGCUGUGAUCCCGCCUCGCCCUUCCAGGACUGGUCUUGGCAAGGCGCCUCCUUGGUGAACGCGGGCACCAGGCAGUGCCUCUCCGUGCGGGAGGACGGCGGCGUGGGCACGAGCGGCUGCGCGCGCGCCGGCCGCACCGCCUGGCGCUGCUCCGGCUGGCUGCUGUCCCCCGCGGGCCRCAGCCAGGGCUACCUGGUGGCCAGCAGGAGCGGCGUGGGCCUGGCCGAGGCCACGGGCCCCAGGGCGCAGUGGCGGGGCGCCGCGGAGGGCAGCGUGUGCCAGGAGAAGGGCGCCGAUGCAGAGCUCGAGGGAUUCGUGGCCGCGGCCCUCGCCAGCACCCGCAUGCAGGAGCCGGCAGCCACCAACGGCACCCUGCUGCUGGGGCUGGCCCCGGAGCACCUGGACGAGCUGCUCUGGUUCUUCCGCAGGGAAGACCCGUCAACGUGGAAUUACACCAUGCUGGCCCUCUCCUUCGUGGUCCUGUUCCUGGGUCUCUUCCUCCUGGCCACCAACGUGGUGCGCAACAGGAAAAGGAAGGUGCAGGUGGAAUCGGAGCACACGGCAGAGCCGGCGGAGCUGGAAGCCAAGCAAGCCCUGGUGCCCGUGGAGGAGUUCGGCCGCGCCGACCCGCACAAGCAGGAGCUGCUGCCCAAGGAGGAGAGGUCGGGAGAGGUGCUGGUGCAGUGGAAGGAYGGCACCGUCACCACCCUGUACACAGAGAGGUCGGAGGAGACCCUGUAACAGCAGCUGAAGCCAAACCACGCGGCCCCUAAGGAACAAACUGCACCACUUCCUCGGUUGGAAAAUCUCAAACAGAAGAGGGGAGCAGCACAGGGAGCAGGGGCAGAAGUGGCACAAAGCCCUGGAUUCUCCUGCCACCCCUGCCCGGCCGAUGCUCCCGCCCCGCGCCGACUCCGCGGCCCUCGGAUGGAGCGCGGAGGCGGGAUGCGCUCGAGGCUCCUCCAGGGAACAGCAACACAGAGGAGCUGCCCUUCUUCCCAAAAGCUGCCUUUAUUAAAAUAUUUUCCA